CUCCUCUCCUGGUCAGGCUCUAGAAGCGGGGAUGAAUGAGCUGGGGCUGGAAAGGCUCCACAGGCACAGGGAGAAGGGAAGGGAGAGGCAUGAAAGCUUCCUUGGUCACAAAUAAUAUGGUUCUGCUUUUCUGGGCUGGGAGACAGCUGCCUGAUUUUGGCACUUUGAAGAGCAAACUUGAGCCGCCCUUUUCUCGGUUGUCUCCAGAGGGGAGGGCUUAAACUCAUUGUUCAGACUGAGGGAGCAACUAAAAAGACCUUUGAAGAUGCUGUGGAUGCUGUUUCUCCCAAAUGCAUCCCUCUUUCUCCUGCUUCUCCCGUGCUUCCCUGCCCAGGAUGGUGGAGGAAAAGAACAGUCCACAGACGUUAUCAGUGCUUGGGAAGGAGAGUCCAUCAGCAUAACUUGCCCAAUGAAUCGUGCAGAGUAUCAGUUGGGAAUGUACUUGAGAGUUAUCAGACAGAAUGUCCAUGUGAUAUAUUGUUCCAAGGAGAAUUCUUCACAUAUCAACCCUGACUUUGCUAAUCGCACCGAGUGUUCAAAGGAAGGGGAGAACUUCAGGAUAACCCUGCACAGGCUACAGGAGUCUGAUUCUGAAAUCUACGUAUGCAUAGAGGUCUUAAAAAUGAAGCAGAUAUAUAAGAAGACAAUCAUAGUACUGGUCAAAGCUAAAUCCAAUAGGCCUCUAGAGCAGUCACCACUCCAUGCCAACCCAGAGCAAGGCCAGUCUGUCAACAUCACCUGUGAGUUGAAAAGCUCACACGAAGAGAAGUUCUACUUGUUCAGGACUCAUGUGAAGCCUGGCACAGUUCUGUCUGUGUCAAAUCUCAGCAGAUCAGAGGUUUCUCCCGCCUUUGGGAAUCGCUUGGAGUAUUCAAGGGAAGGAAAUAGAAUUGUGGUGAUUCUACACAAGCUACAGAAAAAGGACAGUGAUAAUUACAUCUGUGCCCAGGAGGUGAAGGGUUCCCCUCUGCUCUCUGCAAGAGGCACCAUGGUGCUGGUUAAAGAUGCAGAAGUGGAGCAGGCAUGUGAGAAGAGCUCCUGGGAUUUGUAUGCCCUUCUCAUGGUGGUGGCUGUGCUGUUGUGUGCCCUGGUGUGCUGCGCCUUGUACCGUGUGGAUGUGAAGAAAUAUUUCCAGAGGAAAAAGCCCAAUGAGGUAUAUGAAGACAUGUCCUACAACUCCAGACGGAGCACCCUGGUCAGAACCAACACCUAUUCCAGAGGUGAAUAA